UGCUAAGCUUAUCCUGCAGUCCUGGGUUGUGCAUCCCACAGAACAGGCCUGGAGGCCACCCUGUGCAUGAAGUGCAGCACAGGGGAAGCCUGGACCUUCUCUGGUUUAACUGUUCCAUGGAUCACCAGCUCCUUGGUGUACUGUGGCCUUCAGGCAAAAAUGUCUGCAGCGUGCGACUUCGUUACACUCCACAAUGGGCAGAAGAUGCCUCUCGUGGGACUGGGAACUUGGAAAAGUGACCGUGGCCAAGUGAAGGACGCCGUGAAAUGCGCCCUGAGCGCGGGCUAUCGCCACAUCGACUGCGCCGCGGCCUACAGCAACGAGGCCGAGAUCGGGGAGGCCUUCCAGGAGUGCGUUGGGCCCAACAAGGUGAUUAAAAGGGAGGACCUGUUUGUAACAUCAAAGCUCUGGAAUACCAAGCACCACCCAGAAGAUGUAGAGCCAGCACUGAGGAAAACACUUGGAGAUAUGAAGCUGGAUUACCUGGACCUGUACCUCAUGCAUUGGCCUCAUGCCUUUGAGCGAGGGGACAAUCUCUUCCCGAAGAAUCCCGAUAACACGAUGCGUUACGAUUACACCGAUUACAAGGAUACCUGGAAGGCUAUGGAGAAACUGGUGGAAAAAGGUCUUGUGAAAGCCAUUGGGCUGUCAAACUUCAACAGUCGGCAGAUCGAUGAUGUGCUAAGUGUGGCUACGGUCAAACCAGCUGUGCUCCAGGUGGAAUGCCAUCCUUACCUGGCCCAAAACGAACUGAUUGCUCACUGCCAGAAACGAGGACUGGUUGUCACUGCCUACAGUCCCCUUGGUUCUCCAGACCGUAUGUGGAAACACCCGGAUGAGCCCGUGCUUCUGGAAGAACCUGGCAUCAAAAAAAUUGCGGAAAAAUACAGCAAGUCACCUGCACAGAUCAUCCUCAGAUGGCAAGUGCAGCGUAAAGUGGUUGCCAUUCCCAAGAGCGUCACUCCUGCUCGCAUUCAGCAGAAUCUCCAGGUGUUUGAUUUCAGCCUCACAGACCAGGAGAUGAGCCACAUUGCAAGCCUGAAUAAAAACUGGCGUUACAUUGUGCCAAUGAUCACGGUGGAUGGAAAGCUUGUAGCCAGAGAUGCUGGACACCCCCAUUACCCCUUCAAUGACCCCUAUUAACUACAAGAAAAUAAGGUGUUAAAGUAACAUGCUCCUCUUAGUGCCCUUCAACAGAAUAAUUGUUGCCACAAUUUGUCAAAAACACUGUCCAAAUUUAAACCUUCCUUCCUCAGCAGGUUUACCUACAAUGUACUGUUUCUAAUCAACCUCCUUUCUGGAGAUACUGUAGCUUCCAUGUCAGAGUUUGUGGAUUUAUUACAAUGACUGCAAGCUUGCUGCUGGAAGCAUCAAAUCUUUUGGAGAUUAGGUGGAGUGGUAGAGUCUAAAUCAAGUUCCAAACAUGUCAUUAUCAAGCUGGGGCAAUACUUUGGGUUUACUGCCUGUGAAACGGUUUUAAAAGCUUUAGUUGAGGGGAAAAAAAUGAAAAAAAAGUGAAGACAUGAAAGUAUUUUAAGACUAAAAAACUGCUCGGCCAGCAACUUUGGUAUCUUUAUUAAUAUUUUUUACACAGGGAACAAAGUGAAAUGUGCUGCAGUUGCACUGUGUCCAUACCCUUUCAUUAAAACCCAAGUAACCAGCCAUGCCCAGCACUUUUAUCCACUUUACUAUACUUGUGGGACUCAUAAUUUUCUGUUUUCUCUUUCUUUUAAUUUGCCUGUAGAUUUGAAGAGAAUAAAAGCAGACCCUGGAGCAGGCCUUCAGGGCAAUGCUCUCUUGCUUGUCACAGUGCUGGGUUUCAGCUCUGACAAUAGCUCUGAUCCUCCUAUCACAAAAGCCACAAGAACUUUUCAGGAAGUCUUGUAGAAAAACAUCCUGCCUUUCCCGUGAAGUUGUCCAGUGUGUUUCUUUACCAGAGAUGUCCAGUCUGAGUUCUGGAAGGUCACAAAAUCAGUUCCUGACUAUACAGUAAGAGCAAAGACCUGUCAGAGAGCUCCUUCCAUUUUGAUGUAGCAUUUUUGGGUGCUGGCUGGGUUGAUGCUUGGGAGAGCUGCUCCUGUUUCCUGCUCUACCCCUGACCGGAUGGUAACAGAGCAAGUCACUUGUCUUUCUGUGCCUCUGUUUUCUCACUUCCAUGUCUCUGUGUUCCCCCCUGGCAGGGACUAGUUUACUGAGUGCUGAUGCACUGCUGACCAGGGCUGGAACUCCAGCUCUAACCACGGUUUUAUUUUGUUUCAGUCUCUUAAUGAAUCAUCAUCUGAGAUAAAGGGCAUGAGGUGUCAGUACCUACCCCUGCUCUGAUGGUGGUACCUUCUGUGGCCUUAGCAACAUUAACACUUUAUUUUAGUGUUCUCCAUCUAAAAUAGGAUUAAUUUUUCCCAUAGCAGUAGCAAACAGUUAGAAGAAUAAUCUUCUGUAUUUGAAUAGUUCAAAACGUAAAGAAUUAGAUACUUUAAUUUUGAUAACCUCAUUUACAGUAGGCCUAUUGUAAAGCUACAUAUUCAUCCUGAGUGUAAUGCCUCCUCAAGUAUUUCCUGCCCUGGGCCUCCCAGCGUGCAGCUGAACUGGAACAAACCUGUUUAUCACUCUUUGUAUGUAAAAUUUAAGGAAAUUCUGUUUCUUGGUAAAAUGUUUUCUAAUUCCUGUUGAAUUUACCUCAGCGGAAAAAGCCAUCGCAGCUCUGUUGGGAUUCUUUACGAGACUGGACAUUUUCUCCUAAGGAAAAUGAAAUUCCUAUUGGUUUUUUUGAUUGUUCUAAUCAAACAUAGGUGAGUUUGAGUAUGGUUCUUGCUGCAGUCAUUAGGGAAGCAAUUGUGCUUUGAAGGCACUCUGUGCACUGCUCACAGCAGUCAUCCUGCCAAGGACAGCGGCUUUCCUUGCUUGUGUUCCCCUUGCUUCUUUGCUUGUCUUAAAUAAAUUCUGUGCUCAUUGUAUGACUUUGA